CCCGCCAUAAACCCUAAACCCUCUGGCACUGCCAGCUCAGUCGUCGAUUGGCCUCCCUCACAAGCGAGUUUGAGGGCCAUAUCGUGUGUUGAAUCCCCUUUCUUCCUCUUUCCCUCAUUCAUCUGCCUUUAUCGAGUGUCCUUUGGUUGCAGCAAAUAUUUGGCUUCUCAGUCUCACGUCCUGCAAGAAAAAUAGUUAUAGAUGCCUUCGAAGGGAAAAAAGCAUGCCAAGGCACAGUCGAGGCUAUCAGCCUCUGAAGUGGCCUCUCCUCGUACACCGUCAUUGACUCCUAACAGAGAUUCAGAUCUGAGUGAAGAAGAACUUAUCCUUUCUUGUGAAGAAGCAUCAAAAAUAUUCCCGCCUUUCAUUGGCAAUUCUGCUUUUGUUGGCGAUAUCAGUGCUGUGGAGCUGAAAUCCAAAGGCUGUAAAAUCUGGCUUUCUGAGUCUUCCAUGGUUUCUUCUUGCCUUGCGCCGGGUUCCAUUGUGUCGGUUUCAAUUGCAUCUCCGAGAAAGAAAAAUCUGGAUUCAGAUAGCUUUCCUCUUAAAUCAUUAACAAAAGAAUGUGCCCGAUGCUAUGGACUGGAUGCUGGGAACACUUCUGAUAGUGUUGCGGGGAACUACUUUGCUCUUGCACUAGUUUUUCCUUCUAGCAAGGUUUUGAAGAAUGGAGUACAAAUUUCCUCAGAGCUUUCUCAUACCAUGGGAUGCCCUACUUUUGGCACACAUGUUUUCAUUUAUCCGGUGCAGAAUCAGUGCCUAUCUUCUCUUGUAAAUGAGAAAAAUCAACCACGUUCUACAGAAGAUAAUAGCCUGCUGGUGUAUGAUUGCAAGGACUUGUAUCUUCAGCUGGCACCUUUGAAGAAUGGAUUACCCAUGAAAAUCGGUAACAUAUCACCAACGGACUUGUCUGCAGCAAAAUUCAAUCUUCAAUUUGGGAAUGAAAAUGUUACUUCUAAAACACCUUCGAAUGGAUUGAAAUUGUCUAGUUUUAGUGAUUUAUCUUCACCUAUAUUUGAAGAUUCUUCUUCUAGCAUACAUAAUCAAAAGAGCCAAUCCCUAAUUUCAUUUGAUCUAAGGGAGGCAUGGGAUGAAAGCUCCAAAAAACUACUGCAGACAUGCGCAAUGUCAUGGUUGUAUUCCCGUUGGUUACUACUAGGGAAUAUUGUGACCAUACAAAUAUUUUCAGAGCUGUGCGUUUUCCAAGUAAUAGGAGCUACAAGUGUGUCAGGAGACCAGUCUACUAAUUCAUCAAGUGAAAUUAGUUCUUCAUACCGAGAGGGUUCUGACAUAUCAGAGCAUACAAAUCAUGCUAUUAUUGUCACCCGUGAAACAAAGGUAUCUUUAUCUUUGCCAUCAAAUGUGACUUCUGAUGAGCUGAUUCAAAGAGAUUUAUCUAAGGUGGAACUCAGGGAGAAGGGCACUAAGGCUAGUGUACCUCAUAAUAUUUCAAAAUUGGGUGGUCUUUCUAAAGAAUAUGCAGUUUUGAAGGAUAUAAUUUUGUCUUCAGUAAAAAAUGACCUAUUAAGUAACUUCGGGUUACGAGCUACAAAAGGCGUUCUUCUUCAUGGUCCACCUGGCACAGGAAAGACUUCACUAGCUCAAUUGUGUGCUCAUGAUGUGGGGGUCAAUCUUUUCUGGAUAAAUGGACCUGAAAUUGUAGGCCAAUAUUAUGGUGAAAGUGAGCAAGCAUUGCGUGAAGUUUUUGAUUCAGCCAUUAAGGCUGCACCUGCUGUGGUGUUUAUUGAUGAGUUGGAUGCUAUUGCCCCUUCAAGGAAAGAUGGUGGUGAUGAGCUUUCUCAGAGAAUGGUUGCCGCCUUAUUGAAUCUCAUGGAUGGAAUUUGUAGAACUGAAGGAUUACUUGUUAUUGCUGCCACCAACAGGCCUGACAAUAUUGAGCCUGCUCUGAGGCGGCCUGGAAGAUUUGACAAGGAAAUUGAAAUUGGUGUGCCAUCUCCUCUCCAACGUUUGGAUUUGUUGCUCACUCUUCUCAGUGAAGUGGAUCACGCUCUUUCAGAGAUACAAAUUGAAUAUCUUGCCACAGUCACACAUGGUUUCGUGGGUGCUGAUCUAGUUGCCCUUUGCAAAGAGGCAGGCUUGGUUUGUCUUAGGCGUCAUUUUAAUUUUAAGAAGGAUUGGGAUAAUUGCUGCUAUGAUGGAACAUCCUCACAAUAUAAGGGUCAGCAACCUGCGUUGCUUAAAGAUGAAGAUGACUCAAGAGAUCAUUCUGGCCAUUCACCUUCAUCUGUUUCAGAGUUAUCAGUGGCUUCGAACUAUUUGCUACCUUCUUGCAUGACAGGUUUAACUUCUGACAAUAUGGAAAUAGUUCCUGACAGUGGUGAGGAUCAUAAUUUGAAAGUAACUUACGAAGAUUUUCAGAAGGCAAGAAUGAUAAUAAGACCCAGUGCCAUGAGAGAGGUAAUCCUGGAGAUUCCUAAGGUGAAGUGGGAAGAUGUUGGUGGCCAAAAGGAUGUCAAAGCCCAGCUGAUGGAAGCAGUAGAAUGGCCCCAGAAGCACCAUGAUGCAUUGAAGCGUAUUGGGACUCAGCCUCCAAAAGGUGUGUUGAUGUUUGGACCUCCAGGUUGUAGCAAAACUCUCAUGGCACGUGCAGUUGCUUCUGAAGCAGCAAUGAAUUUUCUGGCUGUUAAGGGUCCGGAACUCUUCAGCAAAUGGGUAGGUGAAUCUGAGAAGGCUGUCAAAUCUUUGUUUGCAAAAGCAAGGGCCAAUGCUCCAUCUAUUGUAUUUUUUGAUGAAAUAGAUGGCCUUGCCGUCACUCGGGGGAAGGAAAGUGAUGGUGUUUCAGUAUCAGAUAGAGUCAUGAGUCAACUUCUUGUUGAAUUGGAUGGUCUGCAUGAAAGAGCUAAUGUCACUGUCAUUGCUGCUACAAAUAGGCCAGACAAGAUUGAUCCUGCCCUUUUAAGACCAGGACGCUUUGACCGUCUGCUGUAUGUGGGACCUCCAAAUGAGAUUGACAGAGAAGAGAUAUUCCGCAUUCACUUGCAGAGAAUCCCAUGUUGUUCUGACGUAAGCCUAAGAGAACUGGCUUCUCUUACAGACGGUUGCACUGGUGCUGAUAUAUCACUAAUAUGCCGGGAGGCAGCUGUUGCAGCUAUUGAGGAGAGCCUUAAUGCUUCGGCAAUAACAAUGAAGCAUUUGAAGACGGCAAUUAAACAGGUGCAGCCAACAGAGAUUCAGUCUUACCAACAGCUGUCAGCUAAAUUUCAAAGGGCUGUAGGCACCUGUGAUGUAAAACAUGAGGGCAGCAACAUGCAGUGUUCAAACAGAUCUACUUGGCUCCCCAUUGGGAAAUUCAUAAGAUCUGCCAAAUUGCUUCUCUAUCGGUUUUCAGUGGCUGUUUUCUAUUCGACAACUGCUUCAUGUGGGUAGUCACAGUUCACUAUCAUGCUAGUUGGAUUCUGGUGACCAGGCUCACGUGCCUUGUUCCAUAGUCAAUGGAAGUGAGCGGCCCUACUGACUGGCUGCAGUUACUUUUCAAAGUCACAGAACGUAGAUUCUUAACCAGUGUCAAAAAUAGAAAAUCAGAUAAAGCAGACAGGUCGGUUAGGCCAAUUUUUUUUAGGCUGCAUAUUUUAUUUGAUAUCAUUGACCUAGCUUGAAAAAUUGGUCAAUAUUAGAUUAUUUUGGAAGACGUGUCAGGUAGCCCUUCUUGAUCUGAAAAAUCAGGUUUGUUCGUCAUUUCAGCUUUUUAUACUUUCUGUGGGUUCUUCCUUUGUCACACGAGUUAGUGCUGCAAUUAUAUUUGGUGAGAGAACUUUAUAUACGGAUUUUCAUCUUUCCCCUUGUUGAAAGUUUAUGUCGCAUGCCUGUAUUAUUUUCGAUUUGGCGGAAAAAGGGGCUAGUUGUGUAUUGUUCCUGUGCUGCUUAGUUUAAAUCUAAAUGUUUUCCUUAGUUUUUUUUCCCAUAAAAAGUUGUGUAUUAUAUUCUAUCCAUAUUAUUUGAGGAUUCCUAUUUUCUUUCCUAGAAAGUGAUUGUUAUUUUAGAAGAUAGAGUGCAUGGAACAGGGUUAUGUUUUCUACUUCAAGACAAUAUGGAAUUGGUCUUUCAAGCAUAAUUGUUCAAAUGCAAUAGACCUUUUAAUUUUA